ACGUAACGGACGGUUUAGAUAAACAUGUCUACCGUUUAAUAAUCAUCUUAGUCGUCGUCUCCAAUAUCUCUUCUCGAACGUCGAUUUCAGAGCAAAGAAAUUCAUCUCAGCAACUCCAUCGUUUUUCUCCUCUCGCGCCAAAUACAAACCCCCCCUCUCUCUAUCUCUCAGAGGUUAUGGCAGAAGGUCCAGCAAGUCCAGGCGGUGGAAGUCAUGAAAGUGGAGAACAAAGUCCACGUUCUAAUGUUCGUGAACAAGAUAGAUACUUACCAAUUGCUAAUAUUAGCCGGAUCAUGAAGAAAGCUUUACCUGCUAAUGGAAAGAUUGCUAAAGAUGCCAAAGAAACUGUUCAAGAAUGUGUUUCUGAGUUUAUCAGUUUCAUCACUAGCGAGGCAAGUGAUAAAUGUCAGAGAGAAAAGCGAAAGACUAUUAAUGGAGAUGAUCUUUUGUGGGCAAUGGCUACUUUAGGAUUUGAGGAUUAUAUAGAUCCACUUAAGGUGUACCUCAAUAGGUACAGAGAGAUGGAGGGUGAUACAAAAGGAACUGCUAAGGGUUCUGAUGGAUCUGGUAAAGCUCAACCAGGUCAAAACCCUCAGAUUGCUCCCCAGGGGUCAUUUUCACAGGGAGGCUAUAUGAACUCUUAAAUAUCGGGUAUUACAAAUUACUUUUGCUGCAACACACUGGAUGGAGGGCGUAAAUCUGUCUGAUUUCGCCGGUUGGGGUUUCUGUAGCUAGUAGAAGUUAUUGUUCUUUUAUCUGAGUAGAGUUAAUAUUUUAAAUUUAUAUAUAAACAUUAUACAUAUAUUACUCUGGCACAUUUACAUGUUUGGAUUAUAUGUUUAGCUUCGUUAGAACAUCAUAGCAGGAAAUUGUUAUCACAGACCAAUUUGAAGAUGUCUGUGAUGAUUUAGUUUUCAGUGAUGAACUUCUAUGGAUGAAUUACCUGUUACUCUUUCCUUGCCUGAUGAACAGUAUUCUCAAUUUCCCUUUUCUUUUUAUCUGAAA